AUGACCCGCUGCACGCUCAUCCCCAUCAACCUCCACAACCCGGACGAAUACGCCGAGCUCAAAGCCCAGCGCGUGCAAUGUGGCUGGGACUCCACCGACACCGCCCUUCUCAAAUGGCGCGCCAAACAAGACGAGAACCUCAAGUCCUUCUUCUGGAUUACGGUGCCGUCCGAGUCCGCGCCCUCCAAGGCCAUCCGCGUCGGCCACAUCUCGCUCGACGCGUACUCCGACCCGCCCGAUCUGGGCCUCGCCAGCCCGGACAAAUCCACCCUUACGAUCCAGAACUUCUUCAUCCGCCCGGAGCACCGCGGCAGCGGGCUGGGGAACCAUGUUCUGGCCCUGGCGGAGGGGAUGGCGACGCAGGAGCCGUGGGGGAGCCCCCGGUGCCGGUUUGUGACGAUUAAUACGCUGAGCAAGCGGUAUUUCUACGCGGAGGGGCCGGAGGGGAAGGGCAUGUGGGCGCGACUGGGGGGCCCCGCGCCGAAGAUCUGUAACGCGGAGUGGUAUGAGCGACGGGGGUAUGUGUGGUGGAAGUCGGAGCCGCGGUAUCAGGAGCGGACGUCUGAGGGGGAGGAGGUGCGUCUGUGGGCGGAUUUCAUGCGCAAGGCUGUUAUGGAUGGGGAGGUGUAA